CUUCUCUCGUGUCUCAGAGCAAGGCGGUUUAGUUUUUAUUUUUUAAAGUAUUCUCCCAUCCAUUGAAGUAUUCUCCAAAGUAGUCUUAUCGUGCAGAUACACUGCAGUGAUAAUAGACCGAGAUUAUUCGUGCGUAUUUUUCUUUUCGGGUUUUAUCAAUUAGUGUGACGACACUGCCAGAAUUUUUCCCGUUGAGUCCAACAGGAAGAUUUUCGCAUACAGAUUCACAAUACUUGUGGAAUUGUUGAGAAGGUGGGACAAUUGCAACAAUUCUCCUCUGCCACUUUAUCACACCCAGAGUCUUUUUAUCAGGCCACAGAACAUUAGAGAAGUGUAUACUUGCGGUUGCUGGCGUAUGUGAUAAGAUAUCGCGCGAAGCAACAGAGAUUGGUGUGUCCAAAUGAUUUUAAGGUGAUUGCGAAAAAAACAAGAGAAAUUCCUCUGCCAACAGAACGCGACAAAGCAAGAGAAUUCCCUCAUCCAAAUGUGGUGCACAGAUGUGGUGAAAUGAGACAAUAAAGAAGUUCUCCUUUUCCCCACAAAUAUAAAAAAGUGAUAAGCGGAGUCUACAAUAUUUGGCCUCCGAAUUGCCACGGGAAAGAGGCAACUUACGCGCGCAAGUGAGGGCAGCAAAGUGAUGUAGAAUCAAUAUUAGUUGAAGGGAAAAAAGUAUCCUGACCAAGGCCAAAAACCCUCCUCUUGGACACUAAACUUCUGCCCCCGUAGAAUUUGUAUAUGAGAAACACUCCGAAUUUAGCUGAUAAGAGCAACAAAAGUGGUGAUACCUCAAGAUACACAAGUAUUUCAACUCUUUACUUAUAAGCAAUCAUGGUGAAACAUUUACUAGAAAAUCCAUUUAGGAUGCGACACAUAUCAGCCACUCGUGCCUGCCGCUUUGUUUUGACUGUCUCCUUGGCGAUUGCAGCAAUUCACGCAGCACCUGUUUCCAAGACGUCUCAAGCUGAGAUUUAUCUGUCACAGUUCGGCUACCUGCCCGCUUCUGCCAGAAAUCCAUCGAGCGGUGGACUGCUGGAUGAAGACACAUGGACGAAGGCCAUCCAAGAUUUCCAAGGCUUCGCCGGACUCAAUGUCACAGGCGAAUUAGACGCCGAAACGAUGGAGCUCAUGACACUGCCGAGGUGUGGUGUUAAAGACAAAGUGGGAUUUGGCACGGACUCCCGGUCGAAGCGCUACGCCCUGCAAGGUAGUCGAUGGAAAGUCAAAGCACUCACCUAUCGAAUUUCCAAGUACCCGAAGCGACUCAACAAGCCAGACGUUGACAAGGAAAUCGCGAAGGCUUUCGCAGUGUGGAGUGAAUAUACAGAUCUCACAUUUACACCAAAACGCACGAAUCCGGUGCACAUUGAAAUAAGGUUUGAGGAGAACGAACAUGGUGACGGAGAUCCUUUCGAUGGUCCUGGAGGCACUCUGGCGCAUGCUUACUUCCCGGUUUACGGCGGCGAUGCUCAUUUCGACGACGCCGAGUACUGGACAAUUGGCAGCACGCGCGGCACGAAUUUAUUCCAAGUGGCGGCUCAUGAGUUCGGACACUCUCUUGGACUGAGUCACUCAGACGUCCGGUCCGCCCUCAUGGCGCCCUUCUACAGAGGCUACGAUCCCCACUUCCGACUCGAUUCCGACGACGUGCAGGGCAUCCAGGCGCUGUACGGCCGCAAAACCAGCUCGGGCGCCACGACGCCCACGAGAACCACCCCACGAACGCCCGUCCACCGCGUGAACGACGAACUGUGCCAGGACGCGAAGAUGGACGCCAUCUUCAACUCCGCCGACGGCAUGACGUACGCCUUCAAGGGCAGCAUGUACUACCGACUGACCGAGAACGCCGUGGCCGAGGGCUAUCCCAAGCCCAUCUCCGAGGGCUGGCCAGGCCUGCCCAGCAACAUCGACGCCGCAUUCACGUACAAGAACGGCAAGACGUACUUCUUCCAGGGCAGCAAGUACUGGCGAUACAACGGCCGACAGGUGGACGGCGACUACCCGAAGCCCAUCAGCGAGGGCUUCACCGGCAUCCCCGACAAUCUCGACGCGGCCCUCGUGUGGGGCGGCAAUGGCAAGAUCUAUUUCUACAAGGGCACGCGCUUCUGGCGCUUCGAUCCGCUCAAGAGGCCGCCGGUGAAGUCGACGUACCCAAAGCCGAUCUCCAACUGGGAGGGCGUUCCCAACAACAUCGACGCCGCUCUGCAGUACACCAACGGAUACACGUACUUCUUCAAGGACAACAAGUACUACAGAUUCAACGACAGGACGUUCUCGGUGGACGCGGCGGAUCCGCCCUUCCCGCGGCCAACGGCUCACUGGUGGUUCGGCUGCAAGAACAUCCCGGCGUCCUUCGGCUCACUAGGUAAUGUUAUCGCCGAUCCUGAGCACACGCACGGCGCCCAUGACGUCAUCGAUGACGAUUUCCUUAUGGAUGCCGGAGGAACUGAUGAGCGUCCGGCGCAUGACGAACAUGGGGACAAUUCUGCAUUUAGUCAUCAUCCUCUGGCGUCACUCCUGAUCGCCUCCUGCACACUCUUCGCGCUGCGACACUGGCUGAGCCACUAAAGGAGACUUCCGCUGCCGAGACGCCGCGGCCCCCCAAAUUGGCCGGGGCGGCGCGCCGAGGCGUUCUAGGAGUAGAGCUCAAAAACCUUCUCAAUAUAUGUAUCGUAUCAUGAUGAAAAGCGCCAAAUUUGUAGAACAAGAGAAAUAUUUUUUACAAAAUCGACACACGAUAAAUGCAGUGCCUUCCUGUACAUAACCGACGAGAGGGAGUCUAGAUACCAAGUGAAAGUGACUUUAUAUACCAUUGUAAGAUUAUAUUUAAUCUUAAGGACUUAGAUAGAAAAGAACUAGUGAAUGAAUUUGUCGUUGGAAGAGUUCAUUGAUCUAUUAUGAGAGCAUCUUUUUGUCACUCUGUUGUUCGUAUAUUAAUUGAGAGAAAUUAUACUUUAAUUGUGAAAACAGAUUUUGAAGAAAAAAAAACAUACCCUAACAAUUUAUUUAAUCAAUGUGAGAAUUCAAUAAACUUUUCCUCGAUCAGAUGAGUGAUUGAAUUCUGAUGGAAAUGUAGUAUUUUUUAAAUAAAAUCCAUUUUAUGUGAUUUUAAUUAAACAAAAA